CAAACGGCAAAGAGCAAUCAUCGAUUAAUCGAUGACAACUUUUUAGAAAAGUUGUUGAAUGCACUAAUCCAGUUAAGUUCUUUUCCGGUGCGCAAGGUCUGCUAAAAAUAAUAGAAAACCAUGGCUGAUGUCGAAGUUGAAGUCCCAGUCAACCCCGUGUUGAGCGGAGGUGCUAUGGAUGUGAACACAGCCCUCCAGGAGGUUCUGAAAACUGCUCUCAUCCACGGAGGUCUCGUUCAUGGGCUCCAUGAAGCUGCCAAGGCCCUUGACAAGAGGACAGCUGUCCUGUGUGUGUUGGCCGAGAACUGUGAUGAGCUCUCGUACAAGAAAUUGGUGCAGGCCCUUUGCAACGAACAUCAAAUUCCACUUGUAAAGGUUGACAACAACAAGAAGCUGGGCGAGUGGGCUGGUCUGUGCAAGAUCGACAAAGACGGCAAGGCCAGGAAGAUUGUAGGCUGCUCCUGUGUUGUCAUUAAGGAUUUCGGUGAGGAAACACCAGCGCUGGACGUGCUAAAAGACUACUUGAAGUCUUCAAGCUAAUCUAGGUGUAUGUCUAAGUUCAAUAAUCAAUAAAAAUCCAAAAAAAUUA